GCGAUUCCAUAAUAGGCCUCCAGGCCACUUUACCACUUACAAAUCAUACGUAAAGUACACACAUACUACUUCUGUUACUGACGCAUGCGCAGAUGCACUUGUAUAAGAUUUAAGUUGGCAGGUUUUCGUCAAAAACAGUAGGAGAAUUUUGCAUUUUGAAUACUUAUGUAGCUGUCUAGAUAUUAAAAAACAAUGAGGUCAAAGGUUGUAAGGUAUUUUCUGCAUCCUUCUUCAGCUACCAUACAUCUUGUCAUAUUCCAUAGCAUCCGUUGAAACCGCUUUCUCUUUUCUCCCUGCACACCCUUCAUUCGAAGAUACCACGUGAUUCAUCCCUCUAUUGUUCGUUGGCUGGACCACGUGCUCUCCCAUCAUUUUUCUUUAGCGUUUAGUUAGUCUUAGCAUUUUGUACGUUGAACAAGGUUGGGUGAAAAUUUAUUGGAAAGAAGUGAAUUUUAUGAUAGGCUACCUACUACAUGCUGUUUCACAUUCAAGAUAGAAUCAUUUUGUCAAGAAAGAAUUUUCUCAAACUAAUCAAUCGUGUUUUUGUUCACGUCUCCAUUCGUGAUUCAGGUUGUUCAAGCUUCUCUGCCAGUUGAGUUUGUGAAAUAUGUCGCAGAUUAACCCAGAAGAUCUAAAUAAUCAACAAGUUGCCGAAAGUCAAUGUCACACGAAAGCCGAACUAAAAAAAUGUACUUUCUCAUGGACAAUCAAUCAUUACCCGGUUCUCGCUCGGAGACGAGAAAUAUUGAAAUCGUCAUCGUUUUGUGCUGCUAGUGAUGAUUUCAAGUGGCAUUUGGAACAUUCACUUGAUGGUCAUCCAGACUCGACUUCGACUAGUGUUAUACUCGAAUUAUGUCCCAAUUCUGAAGAAGAUCUUGAAAAGCACGGUUCGGUAUCUGGAAACGUGGUAAUUUCUGUGCUGAAGACUGAUCGAAGCAAACUUAUAACCAAAACCAAUUCAUUCACUUUGAAGUCUAACGAAGAGAGCCCCAGCUUCAAAUGCGAAAUUCGAUUUUUCACCGGAUUGAAUCAUUUGGCGGAAUCGGCAUUUCAAGGUCAAUUAACGUUUCUUUGCGAACUGAGCUAUGUAAAAAGUAACAGCAUUGUGAAUAUUUCUUCUCCGUGUUGUUCGAGUCCGAUUGAAAUUCCUGAAUCCAGCCUUCCAACAGACUUGGGACGAUUAUACUUCGAUGACUGUUUCAAAGACUUGACAAUUUCAGUCAAAGAGAAAAAUUAUCUCGUUCAUAAGGCUAUUCUAGCCAUUCGCAGUUCGGUUUUCGACGCCAUGUUCAGAAACGAUAUGCAAGAAAGCAGUAAAAAUCGCAUUGUAAUUAACGAUUUAGAAGAAGAAAUAUUCGAAGAAAUGUUACACUACAUUUAUACAGGGAAAACGAAAAAUUUAGACGAAUUAGCCUUCGAAUUGCUGCCAGUAGCAAAUAAAUACGAUCUUAAGGAGUUGAGGAUCAUGUGUGAAAACGUUCUGUUGAAGAAAUUAUCUGCAGACAACGCUGUGAAGAUUUUAAUAUUGGCUGAUGUGCAUCAUGCUGAAGGAUUGAAGAAGGGUACUCUUGAAUUUAUCAAAGUGAAUUUUGCUGAUUGCGAAGAUUUAAAAAAUGCUGCCGUUUGGAAUGAUUUGGCCACUACUCGUGCUCAGUUAUUGAAAGAUAUGUUGGAUGCUUUUUGUAAGACUUAAAUGAUUUAAGUUACGUUUAAUUUAAGUAUAUAAAGAACCAAAAUUUUGAAAUAUACAUGAAUUAAUUCAAUGUGUAUCCUUUUUUAUACUUAUUGAUUCAUCUUACCUACCUACUCAAAUAUUCGUUACCCUUACUCGAAUUUAGUGUAAGAUAUGAAUGUGGGUACUAUCGAGGAGAGUAUGUACCUCAACUGAUGAUAUAGGUCCUCAAGAAGCUAUUAUGAGCCUAUAGUGUAGCUGGUAGCUGGUCAGUGGUCAGUAUCUACUUACAAAUCAAACGUAAACCUACACACUACUACUUCUGUCACUGACGCAUGCGCAGAUGUACUUGUAAAACCUUUUAAAUUGGCGGGUUUCUGUCAAAAACACCGAACAGUAGGAGAAUUUCGCAUGAGGUCGAAGGUUGGAAGGUAUUUCCUGCGUCCUGCGUCCUUCUUCAGCUAUCCAUACAUCUUGUCACAUUUCAAAGCAUCUGUUGUUGAAACCGCUUUCUCUUUUCUCCCUGCACACCCUUCGUUCAUAGAUACCAUACGCGAUUCAUCCCUCUAUUGUCCGUUGGCUGGACCGUGGACCACGUGCUCUCCUAUCAUUUUUUUUUCUUUAGCAUUUAGUUAGUCGAGUUAGUAUUUUGUUCGUGGAACGUAUAUUUCGUUAUAUUCAGAGUGAAAAUUAAUUGGAAAGAAGUGAAUUUAAUGAUAGGCUGAAACUGUUCCACAUUCACGAUUGAAUCAUUUUGUCAAGAAAGAAUUCUUUUCUCGAGUUAAUCGAUCGUGUAUUUGUUCACGUCUCCUUUUAUGAUUGUUAAUUGUUGUUCAAGCUUCUCCGCUAGUUGAGGUUGUGAAAUAUGUCGCAGAUUAACCCAAAAGAUCUAAAUAAUCAACAAGUUGCCGAAAGUCAAUGUCACACGAAAGCCGAACUAAAAAAAUGUACUUUCGCAUGGAUAAUCGAUAAUUACACGAUUCUCACUGCGAGAAGAGGAGGUAUAUUGAAAUCGUCAGCGUUUUGUGCUACUAAUGAUGAUUUCAAGUGGCAUUUGGAACAUUCAUUUACUCGUUGUGGAGGUUCGACUUAUGUUGCAUUCGAAUUACGUCCUAAUUCUAAAGAAGAAUUUAAAAAGCACGGUUCGGUAUCGGGAAAUGUGAGACUUUCUGUGCUGAAGCCUAAUCCUAAUCGAAGCAAACUUCUAACCAAAACCUGUUCAUUCACUUUGAAGAUUAAAGGGAGCCAAUUAUGUAAAUUCAGCUAUUUCGCCGAUGUUACGCAAAUGGGUAAAUUGGCAUUCAAAAGCCAAGACCAAUUAACGAUUCUUUGCGAACUGAGCUAUGUAAAAAUUCGCGACAUUGUGAACGUUUCUUCUCCAUGUUGUUCGAGUUCAAUGGAAAUACCUGAUUCUAGCCUCCCAAGAGACUUGGGACGAUUGUACAUCGAUGACUGCUUCAAAGACUUGACAAUUUCAGUCAAACAGAAAAAUUAUCUCGUUCAUAAGGCUAUUCUAGCUAUUCGCAGUUCGGUUUUCGACGCCAUGUUCAGAAACGAUUUGCAAGGAAGCAAUAAAAAUCGCAUCGUGAUCAACGAUAUAGAAGAAGAAAUAUUCGAAGAAAUGUUACACUACAUUUAUACGGGAAAAACGAAAAAUUUGGACGAAUUAGCCUUCGAAUUGUUACCAGUAGCUGAUAAAUACGACCUCAAAGAGUUGAAGAUCAUGUGUGAAAACGUUCUGUUCACAAAAUUAUCUACAGACAACGCUGUCAAGAUCAUGCUGAAGAAUUGAAGAAGGGUACUCUUGAAUUUAUCAAUGUGAAUUACGCUGAUUGCGAAGAUAUACACAAUGCUGACGUUUGGAAUGAUUUGACCUCUUCUCGUGCUAAAUUAUUGAAAGAUGUGUUGGAUGCUUUCUGUAAGAUUUAAAUGAUUUUUAUAACUUUCAAUUUUUAUACAAACCCAAGAUUCUGGAAAAGUCUGAGAAAAGUCAGGGAAUUUCAGAAAUUUGGAGCAAUUUUUCCUCAAAUGUCAGGGAAUUUUUUGAAUGUGUUCAUCUGUAAUUUUUUAAUAAUUGUAAUAGUUUUAUUAUACCUACUUAUUUUUGAAAAAAUUUCCCUCACGUCGCUCGGGUAAUUUCGUUUAGUUCGGGCUUGGAACCGAACGUAUUGAAAAACGUGAUUUUGUAAUUCAAAGGAGGGGUGAUUUUCAAAAUACUGUGUUUUUAUUAUGAAAAAAAAAGGUCGGGAAAAGUCAGGGAAAAUAAUUUCCAGAAAUGAGUGGACAUCCUGUUAUUUAUUGAUUCAUUCGUACUUAUUCGAAUAUAUUUUGUUACUUAAUACCGAAUGUAGUGUAAGAUGUGAAUGUAGGCACUAAGAUUAUAACGCAGGCCUGGUUUUCUUUUAAGCUAAAAAGUAUUUAUAAAUGUGUCAUUUUACUUUAAUAUACUAGGUACGUUUAUCGUGAAAAAUUCUAGAUACCAAUACCAUAGCACGGUUUCGUGUCUCAUGAAGCCUUUCUUGAACACUACGAAA